CAAAGAAGAAAUACGUGAAGUAGUGAUUAAUCCAGGGGUUUUAUUAACGUUGUACACCGUCUGGUGCUUUUUCGACUGAACGCUAUUUUAUCCAACAUUUAGGAGAACCUAAUCAGGAUACCACAAUGAGGUUACUAGGCUUGGUUCUGCUGGUGGUGGGCUGUGUGUAUGCCGACGACGAUGACAAGAAGGAAAACGUUGGCACCGUGGUGGGCAUCGACCUUGGCACAACCUACUCAUGCGUCGGAGUCUUCAAAAAUGGGCGCGUUGAGAUCAUCGCCAACGACCAAGGUAACCGCAUCACUCCAUCCUACGUGGCCUUCACCAGUGAGGGUGAGCGUCUCAUCGGCGAUGCAGCAAAGAACCAGCUGACUUCCAACCCUGAAAACACAGUCUUUGAUGCCAAGAGGCUCAUUGGUCGUACGUGGGGCGACUCCACUGUGCAGCAGGACAUCAAAUACCUGCCUUUCAAGGUACUGGAGAAGAAGACCAAGCCCCAUAUUCAGGUGGACAUUGGAGCCAAUCAGUUGAAGACGUUUGCCCCUGAAGAGAUCUCUGCCAUGGUUCUUACCAAGAUGAAGGAAACUGCUGAGGCGUACCUGGGCAAGCCGGUUACACAUGCUGUUGUCACUGUACCUGCCUACUUCAAUGAUGCUCAGCGCCAGGCUACCAAAGAUGCUGGUACCAUCGCUGGCCUGAAUGUUAUGAGGAUCAUCAAUGAGCCAACUGCAGCUGCUAUUGCUUAUGGUCUGGACAAGAAAGAUGGAGAGAAGAACAUCCUGGUGUUCGACCUGGGCGGUGGCACCUUCGACGUGUCCCUCCUGACCAUCGAUAACGGCGUCUUUGAGGUGGUGGCCACCAACGGAGACACUCACCUCGGUGGUGAAGACUUCGACCAGCGCGUCAUGGAUCACUUCAUCAAGCUGUACAAGAAGAAGACCGGAAAGGACGUGCGCAAGGACAACCGUGCUGUCCAGAAGCUGCGACGCGAGGUCGAGAAGGCCAAGAGAACCCUGUCCUCUCAGCACCAGGCUCGCAUCGAAAUCGAGUCCUUCUUCGAGGGUGAGGACUUCUCUGAAACCCUGACCCGUGCCAAGUUCGAGGAGCUCAACAUGGAUCUGUUCCGCUCCACCAUGAAGCCAGUGCAGAAGGUCCUGGAAGAUUCCGACCUGAAGAAAUCCGACAUCGACGAGAUCGUGCUCGUCGGUGGCUCCACUCGUAUCCCCAAGAUCCAGCAGCUGGUGAAGGAGUUCUUCAACGGCAAAGAGCCAUCCAGAGGCAUCAACCCUGAUGAGGCCGUGGCUUACGGAGCUGCAGUGCAGGCUGGAGUGCUGUCCGGAGAGGAAGACACCGGAGACAUCGUGCUUCUGGAUGUGUGCCCCCUGACUCUUGGUAUUGAGACUGUUGGAGGAGUAAUGACCAAGCUCAUCCCCAGGAACACUGUUGUGCCCACCAAGAAGUCUCAGAUCUUCUCUACAGCCUCCGACAACCAGCCAACCGUCACCAUCAAAGUGUACGAAGGUGAGCGUCCUCUCACCAAGGACAACCAUCUGCUGGGCACCUUCGACCUGACCGGCAUCCCUCCCGCACCCCGCGGCGUCCCUCAGAUCGAAGUGACGUUCGAGAUCGACGUCAACGGCAUCCUGAGAGUCACGGCCGAGGACAAGGGCACGGGCAACAAGAACAAGAUCACCAUCACGAACGAUCAGAACAGGCUGACCCCGGAGGACAUCGAGCGGAUGGUGAGCGACGCCGAGCGAUUCGCCGGCGAGGACAAGAAACUGAAGGAGCGCAUCGACUCGCGCAACGAGCUGGAGAGCUACGCCUACUCGCUCAAGAACCAGAUCGGCGAUAAGGAGAAGCUGGGAGGCAAACUAUCCUCCGAGGACAAGGAGACCAUCGAGAAGGCCGUAGAGGAAAAGAUCGAGUGGCUGGAAUCCCAUCAAGAUGCAGACAUCGAAGAAUUCCAGGCUAAGAAGAAAGAGCUGGAGGAAGUUGUUCAGCCAAUCGUCAGCAAGCUCUACGGCAGUGCGGGCGGCCCGCCACCAGAAGAGGGCGACGCUGAGAAGGAUGAAUUGUAGGUUGUGGUGUGAUUCCAUCAGUUUUUGUUUUUUCCUCUUGACACCCUCGCCUCUCUGGACAGAAGACAGAUGUACAUAUCGUUGGACCCGAUGGACAUUUGUGAGGGAAGGUGUGAAGGGGCAGGGCAACCGUAAAGCCACGAUUAUCUUCCGAAAGACUUGACGAGAGAGUGCCGUAUGUUGCUCUUCACCGAGGUGGAGAUUUUGUCAGCCUGGAUUGAGGCUUGCUGCUGUUCUCAGGCAGUUUGAAUGGGGUGGGAGGGGUAGACGUGGGCCGUUCUGGGUUGUGUUCAAAACUCAAGUUAUUUAUUUAAGUAUGGCAAGUUUGGAUGAUGUUUCUACUGCCACCUCAUGGGAAUAAAUGUUUGAUACAAAACGGC